AUGGAUCAAGCAGGAUCAGUUGACGUUCAUAAGCAAUACAUAAUUGCCAACACUUACUGUACAAUGUACGUUAUUCUCUACAAUAUGCAAUUCCCAAGACAUUUACUGUGAUAUUACUAAAAUUUUACUAACAUUUUUUGGUUUUAGUUUGAACUUUUUAUGCAGCAUCAUAAGUGGUUGAUUAAUUGCUGUUAACAAAAAUUAAUGGAGAAUGCGGGUUCACAGCAUUAGACUAGCCUGGACGUAAAACAAAGCUUUCUGCUCUCUAUAUAAAAGGUUCAACAGGCAUUCUGCUGUUAUCAAAGUACAUGUUUGUACUUAGUAUAUAACAAAGAGUUUAAUUUAUCGAUUGUUUUGUAACUAGAUAUAGACCACGACACAAAGAUGUAGAUUUUUGACAGUUUCUCAAACUCAACUAGGCAUUUAUGAUUUUUAAACCAUGUCUGUGGAGCAUUAGUAAGAUCAGGCACUGUAGUUGAGUAAGAAGGCUUGUUGUAGUUCAUCCUAAAGUUGUUCAGAAGUGUUGAGGUCAUUGCUCUUGAGUUCUUUCACUCCAAACCUGGGAAACCAUGUCUUCAUAGAGCUGGCUUUGUACACAGGGACACGGCCAUUCUGGAACAGGUUUGAGACUCGGAGUUUCAGCGAACAUAAAUUGUAACGUCGAGAUGUUUUAGACACUAGUGUGCUUCAUCGUGUUGAAAGAAGAACCACAUGUGGUCCUGCUACUCAGGUGUCCAUAUUCUUGUGGCCUAAAUGUGUUUUAGUAUAUAUAUUUUUUUAAUGAUGUGACUUUUAUUUUGACAGUAAUCUUACCUAAAUCCACCCGGAUGUUAAAAUGAAUUAAUUUGCUUAUUACUUUUUCUGGUGUAAACAUGCAAUAGAGAAGCACGUGUUUUCAAAUCAUAUUAAUAAAAUAAAUAAAUAAAUAAACGCAACAAUGGUCCGCGGUUGUGCUUUUCCCAACUGCACCAACAAGAUGACUAAAAGAAGUGGACUCAGUUUUCACCGUUUUCCUUUUCACACUCCGAAAACCCUGCACUUGUGGUUGCUCGCCCUGAGGAUGGAUGUAAACACACCGGUUUAUAAACUCCGCACUGCUGAUUUCAGAGUGUGUGGCGCUCAUUUCACGGAUGAUGACUUUUUCACAGAAACCGCACGCAAAACCACACGCAAACUCAGAUGUCUCAAGAGAUCAGCUGUGCCUCAUUCGGACCUGGGGCAUGUCUGGGGCAUCAGUGAACCUGAGGAUUGUAACCUAAAAGAUGAGCCACGUCCAGUGAUUAUAGGACAGUAUGAGAUUGUUACAGUGCCUCAAACUGACCACAAAGCUGUCAAGAGCUUUCAGCCUUCUUAUCAAGGAACUAGCAUUUUUAAACGCACUGAGGUGCUGGUAAACACACAGUGUUUGCUGGAGCUCUUUCAGUUCUGUUGGCUUUGUCAUAAAGAGUCCUGUAUUACCAUUGAGGGCAGUGAGAAGCUGUUUUCAGUGACCCAGGAUUGCCAGAACUGUGGCCACCAAAGACAAUGGAGGAGUCACCCGCCUUUAGCCGAACCUACAGAAACAUUUCAUAAUGAACCAAAAGACCACAUAGAGACGUUUGAUAAAAUACAUGAGGACAGUGAUGAUAUGGCUUCAUACAUAGAGAUGGAACACACAUUGGAGCCUGGGGAUGACGAUAGUGAGGAGGUUGUGGUCCAGAUUGGGUCAUCAGAUCAUGAGGGCAGUGAAGAAAGCUAUGAGCAGAUGUUUAUUGAAACAGAUGGGUCAUAUUUUUCAAGUACUGAAGAGGAAACAAGCUUGCAGGAAGAGAUGAAGAAGAAAAAAGAUUCUAAAAGACUUGACAGUUCAGAUGAGUGGCAGCCAGAUUCGAGUGAAGAGGCCACAGACUCCGAUGUGUCCAUGGAUGAAGACAUGUUCACAGCUUUAAAGGAGGACGGUCAGGGUAAACUUGUGGUGUGGUGUACACAAUGUGGGACCGAGGCCUCGCUCUCUUGUUCUGUCCUUCGACACAAGAAAGUCUUCUGCUGUGCUCAGUGUGAUGCUGGGGAUGAUACUGAGAUGCUCAGCUUAGAAAAACUAUCUGUUCGUUUUGAUGACUUUUCCAGUUUUCAGAGACAUGCUGAACAGGAACAUGGCGUCAAGAAAUUAUAUAAGUUGUGCCAGGAAUGUGGCAAGUUUGUUAUAGCGGACACUCAAACAAAAGAACAUAAAUGUGAACAAAAGAUCAAAUUUGUUGUCUGUCAAGAGUGUGGAAAAAGAUUCCUCACUGAGGUCGGCUUAAAGAGGCAUUGCACUAAACUCCACGAAGAUGCAGAUCAUCCUUGUAAAUACUGCCUGAAGAUGUUUAAAAACAGGCCAGCAAAACUGCAACAUGAGCAAACACAUCCUAAGGAAAAACAGCCAUACAGCUGUCCAGACUGUCCAGAGAAAUUUGACAAUCUUUACAAACGCAACAGCCAUGUCAGAUCCCACAGAGGUCCAUAUAAGUAUUUGUGUGAUAUAUGUGAAAAGCGUUUUAAAGACCUCCACAGGCUGAGGAGACAUAAACUCAUCCACUCUGGAGAAAAGCCUUAUAAAUGCCAAGUCUGUGAGCGUUCCUUUAACCAAAUGGAAAACCUCACUUCUCACAUGCGUGUCCACACCGGAGAGAAACCUUUCAUGUGCGAGCAAUGCGGAGAGUGUUUUAACCACAACGUCAGCCUGAAGAACCACAAGCAACGGCACCACCACUUGGUUUUGAGUCAGGAGGACGAUGAAACAGGAUGAACUAGAAAACAGGGAACUGAAUACUAUAAAUGGGGACAUUCCUUGACAUUCCAUGACAUUCUAGAGCAGGGGUGUCAAACUCAGGCCCACGGGCCAAAUUUGGCCACGGUGUAAUUAUAUUUGGCCCGCGAGAUCAUAUCAAAUGUGCAUUACAGCUGGCUAGCCGCCUGCUCUGCUAAUACUACAAAUCCCAGAAUGCCUCACUGUAUUGACGCGUAGUCACGAAAUGCAAGCGCCCCUCAUUCUCUGUCGACAGUCGUUAACAAUCAUGCUAUAGUCACAUCGAGCAAGUUAACUCCACCCUCCACAAAAAUGGCCAAACGAAAGAUGGACAAUAGGAGCUUUCAAGACAGAUGGGAGGCAGAUUAUCUGUUCACGAAUAUAAAGGACAGACCUGUUUGCCUCAUGUUCAUAUCACAUAAGAAGACAAUAUGAAACGAAACAUUAUGAGAAGUAUAAGGACCUGGACGUAAAGCAGAAGCUCCAGAAUGUGGAGGAGAUGAAAAAAGUCUGGUUUCCCGGGUGACUACUGUAUAUUCAUGAAAGCAAAAUCAAAAAGUGAAGCUGCUGUAAAGGCUGUAAAGCUUUAUUGUGUCAGCAGAGAUCGCAAAAUCUGCCCGGCACUUUAAUGAGGGAGAGUUUGUCAAAAAGUACAUGGUUAAAGUUUGCGAAAUGAACACCACUGAUGUGUCUUUUAUUUCAAAUUUAAUUUCUUAUGUGUUUGUAAUAUCAAGCUCUGGUUGUUCCAAAUCCUGUGUUCAACAAAACUAAAGUUUGUUUCCAUAUGACAAAGGUUGAACGUUACAUAUCAGUUGCAGUUAAUUUUUCAAUAAAUAUUCAGUUUGGCCUGUGACUUUAUCUCAGUUUUAUAUUUUGGCCCACUGUGAAUUUGACACCCCUGGU